AUGGAGCUCCAGGGUGCCCCAGACGGAGCUCCAGGGUGCCCCAGACGGAGCUCCAGGGUGCCCCAGACGGAGCUCCAGGGUGCCCCAGACGGAGCUCCAGGGUGCCCCAGACGGAGGUCCAGGGUGCCCCAGAUGGAGCUCCAGGGUGCCCCAGACGGAGCUCCAGGGUGCCCCAGACGGAGCUCCGGGUGCCCCAGACGGAGCUCCAGGGUGCCCCAGACGGAGGUCCAGGGUGCCCCAGACGGAGGUCCAGGGUGCCCCAGACGGAGCUCCGGGUGCCCCAGACGGAGCUCCAGGGUGCCCCUGACGGAGCUCCGGGUGCCCCAGACGGAGUUCCAGGGUGCCCCAGGGUGCCCCAGACGGAGCUCCAGGGUGCUCCAGACGGAGGUCCAGGGUGCCCCAGACGGAGGUCCAGGGUGCCCCAGAUGGAGCUCCAGGGUGCUCCAGACGGAGCUCCAGGGUGCCCAAGAUGGAGCUCCAGGGUGCUCCAGACGGAGCUCCAGGGUGCUCCAGACGGAGCUCCAGGGUGCCCCAGAUGGAGCUCCAGGGUGCCCCAGAUGGAGCUCCAGGGUGCCCAAGAUGGAGCUCCAGGGUGCUCCAGACGGAGCUCCAGGGUGCUCCAGACGGAGCUCCAGGGUGCCCCAGACGGAGCUCCAGGGUGCUGCAGAUAGAGCUCCAGGGUGCUGCAGAUAG